AUGACCAAUAAUGAAAUUGAACAAGUAACUACAAAUGGAACAUCAGACAAGAAACGUUCAAAAUCAAAAAAAGAAAUUAAUUAUAAUAAUGACUAUUCUUAUACAUCUGAUUAUUUACAAGUAACCAAUCGUAUAUUUAAACAAAUGUUAAUCAGUUCAUUAGAAGAUGCUGAUAAAAUUGUUAAACGAUUAAAUACAACAUUACAAGAGUUUGGCAAUCCAUCAUUACCUCAAUGUCUAUCUGAAAUGAAUCAUCCAUUAGAUUUUACAACAAUGUCAGCAAUGGUUACAGCUGUUGUCGGAAAAGGUCAACAUAAAUUAAAGCAACAAUUUGAAUAUAAUAAAAAAAUUUUAAAAUUAGACUCAACAGAUCAUCGUUUAGUACAAUAUGUUUAUGAUUUGAAACCUAAUAAACAACGAAUUCGUUCUAUUCGUAAUAUAUGA